GAGCUGCGUCAGGGUGGACAGUAGGCAGUAACUGUAAAGUGAAAGUAAGUUAAGGAAAAAACAACAAACGCACACGGAAGACGUGGAUCGAUUACUCUCUGCAUGUGUUAAAGAGCUGGCGUCAAAAACAGGUUCUGCAGACAAUGGCGUUGUGGGCGCAGAUGACCCAGCAAUUACAGUACCUGACAACCCAGAUGCUGAAUGAACUCUAUCCAGAAACAUUUCCUUUGGACAUCAGGCACUACCUGGCCAGCUGGAUAGAGGAACAGGGAUGGGAGAACUUUGACGUAGACAAUGUGGAGCAGGAGCCGCAGGCCCGAAUGCUGUUGGAACAGAUGAUACGUUUGCUGCAGGAAGUGGCCUUACAAAACCCUAAUGUGGUGGAGAGGGUCAAGCUACAGCAUAUCAGCAGGAACUUGAGCAUGUUUCAACCACAGCCUCUGCAUCUGGUGAGGACAGUACGAGACAUGCUGAGGAAAGAAAAAAAAUUAUUGGCACGGGCGGGAAUACACCCUAACUUUCAGCACCCGCCCAUGCACCAGGGUACUUCAGCUUCCAACGACACCGUGCAACUUCCAAGAGAUGAUGCUAAAACUGACGUGGACAACCUGGUGCUGAAAGUUUUAGAAAUUCAGAACUGCCGUCAAACUCUUUACCAGCUGCAGGAGGAGUUGAACUGGGAAAAACAAGAAGCUGAGUCUGUGCCAGGACAAAACGACUUGGAUCCACAGAAUUCGGAUAAAGUUGCCCGACAAAACCGCAUAAAGCAACUUGAGUUCAACUGUUCCAUCUGUGCAAAGAAGCGUCUGCAGCUUCUCCAGGAAGCUGUUUGUGCCCUGGAACAGUGCCAGUCAUGUCUUAUGCACAGAAUUAAGUCGUGGAGAUGGGAACAGCACAGAGCAACCAUUGGCUUGCAUUUCGAUGACAACCUCGGCCCUCUGCAGACGUGGUGUGAGCAGUUGCUUGGGGUGAAUAGAAAUCUAAGACAGGAGGUCAUGUUGGUGAAGGAAGACCACAGAGGGGAUUUAGAGUUUCACACGCUAGAGGAGAAUCUGGAACGUCUUCUCCAAACUCUCAUACAGAGUUCUUUGGUGGUGGACAAGCAGCCUCCGCAGGUGAUUAAAACUCAAUCCAAAUUUUCCACCACCGUGAGGUAUCUGCUGGGAGAGAAGAUCGCCCCUGGAAAACCCGUCCUGUUGAAAGCUCAGAUUAUUACUGAGGCGCAAGCGAGGAACUUGGGUCAACAAGGAAUCGUACCCAAUGAAAACGUAGGAGACCUUAUUAACAGCACAGCUAUAUUAGAACACAACACUUCCAGCAAGAGCACGUGUGCCACUUUCAGAAACAUGUCGAUAAGGAAGAUUAAACGGGCUGACAGGAAGGGCUCAGAAUCAGUGACAGAGGAAAAGUUUGCUCUGCUGUUCACCACAGAAUUAACCAUCACAGGCUGCGAGAGGCCCUUUAGCAUUCAGACAAUCUCUCUUCCUGUGGUUGUAAUUGUACAUGGUAGUCAGGAAAUUAAUGCCAUGGCAACUGUCGUAUGGGACUGUGCCUUCUCUGAGCCUAACAGAAUACCGUUCGUCGUACCCGAACGUGUGCCCUGGAAGCAGAUGUGUGAUGCUCUGAGCAGUAAGUUCAUGUCUGAGGUGCAGACGCAGCGUGCGUUGGACAGAUAUAAUCUUCACUUUCUUGCCCAGAAGAUCUUUGACCAACCCGACAUCUCGGAGGAUUAUAGCAACAUGCCCGUGUCUUGGGCUCAGUUUAACAAGGAAGUUCUGCCUGGCCGAAACUUCACCUUCUGGCAGUGGUUCGAGGGGGUGAUGGAUCUCACAAAGAAAUGCCUGAAAGAAUAUUGGAGUGAAGGAUUGAUCUUUGGCUUCAUUGGCAAACAACACCUCCAUGUCAUUCUGCAGAACAAACCCCAUGGAAUUUUUCUUCUACGCUUUAGUGAUUCAGAGAUUGGUGGCAUCACCAUCGCCUACGUAGGUCCCGGUGAUAAUGGAGGCAGGAGAAUCCAGAAUAUCCAACCCUUUACCAAGAAGGAUUUGGACUCAGUUGGACUUGGUGACCGUAUACUAGAUAUUAACUGCAUCACUCAUGUGUAUCCUGACCUGCCAAAACAGGAAGUAUUUAAGAAAUUUUUUACAGUGCCCUCUCCCCCUCACCCGGACGGAUACCUGCCAUUUAAACUAACAACAGUAGUAAACCCAGGAGAUCCUAGCACCUCAAGCCCAAACAUGCCACCUCAGACUGAUCCCUCACCGGGGCUUUACCACGUGGGCUCUCCCUUCCACAACAUGAACCCGGAAGUUUUCCCACCACAUUCCAGCCAUGCUACACCUCCAUAUAUGCCAGAGCACACCAUGUCUGUUCAAGAACCACUCUUCCCAUCAACCAUGCAAUCAAAUCCUGUGGAUAUGGAGGACAUGGAUCCGAUGGACAUGAUCUUGCAAAUUUGUCAAUAGACUUAUUCUUCACCUCCUAUUGGAUAUAGGUUAUCACAUGGCUUGGAGCUCCAUCCAAUGCAAACUGCUUGUCUUACCAAGGUCCCAAAAGGAAAUGAUAAUCUUGUCUAUAUGGGGAUAUGUUAGAACAGAAAUUUGAGGAUUUGUCCUAUUGUUUGUAUAAAACUAAAUGUUACACUCCUACCCACUAGAAAAAACACACUAAACGUAUUGCGGUAAAAAAGCAGUGUGUUCAUUACUCUGAAAUCAAAUAGAAAAGAUUUGAAGUAAACAGAGGGUUUGCUUAAAAAAGUCAUUCCUUAAGUGUCAGUCUCAGGUGGCGAAAGCAGAAAAAUGGCAGCAUUAUAACUGACAAGUGAAUCAGGAAGUUCUUUUCUUAUUGUGGGAGUAUUUUCCAUUGUGUGAAGAGGGACCGUAUACAGUACAUUUAAUGUACCAAAUAAUCUUGUUCUCUCUCUGGUACCGAGUAGAAUGUUUAGUUACAAUUAUCAAAGUUUACUCCUAAAGGGCUUUCAGACAGUUUAACAAAGACAAUUCUGGGGAAAUUACCAGUAUUUUGAUCAGGUUGUUUUUAACAAAUUAUUUAUGCAGACAGUACUUUCUGGAUUUGGAGUUAAAACUAUUUGAAUCCCAGCACUCUUGUUUAAAGUUGGUGUUUAGUACCUCCAUCCAAGGAUUUGUUGUUUAAAUCUUAGUUAAGGCCUCACAGUUUUAACACAGUAUGAAUUCUGCUAAUCUGUCUUGUAUUUGGUUGUGAUUUGCAUAUUUACAAUUGAAUAUUUAGUAUUCUUCUGAUAACACAGUCAGGUUAGAACAGAGAAGGUAUAAUCAAAAUGUUAUAUGAAUGUGAGUUUUUCAUGUAUCUUCUGUUUAUUAAGUGGCACAAUGAUCUGUUUCUCCACAUUGAUAAGUACUUCUCUGGAAACCUCGUAUACAUGACUGAGAACCAUAAAUCAUGUGCACAGGGUUUUAUGUCUAAAUGAUGACAAAAGUGUGGAUCUCUUCAUAUACUCUACAGUGUUUUUGUGUGAACCUCUCCUGGUUUUACUCAUUAGUGCACUUAAGUCAGCUUUCUUAAAAUUCAAAUGUAAUAUAGUUUCUUUCCCAUAAACUGUGAUUUUACCUUCCAAAAAUAUAUUUUGUAAAAUACCAAUCUUAUAUCUGUCAGUGCCAAAUUGUUUCUAAAAGGUGCCAGAAGUGAAUGUUUGUAUUUUUUAUAAAAGGGAAUAUCAUCGUUUUUGUUUUGUGUUUUAUCAGAUGUUAAUUAACACAUUCUUUUUAAUGAAUAAAGUAAAAAGGCAUUCAG